UUAGCAAAUUACUGCGCUUUGCGGCUUAUUUCACUAAAAUGGAGUAAACUCGUCACUGAGCUGACGCUUACGUAGACUAUGUACACUACGUAGAUUACGUAGACUUUGUGUGGUCUUUAUUUCGGCCUUGUCACCGCUGGUGGGCUUUGUCUGGGGGUCGUUUUCAGCGUUAAUCACACUGUCAGCCUGAGGCGCUCAUCAGAAAAUGUAAACAAUGAGGAUGUCGGUCAGCUCCGCUCGCGGGGGCGGGAGAGGGCGCGCGGGGCGCGCGCCAUUGUGUUUGUUAUUGAGCGCUGAUGCGCGCGCGAGGUGGGCUGGACAGCUGUUCUAGAAAGCUGGACGGUCCGGGCCGCUCGCCUCGCCCCUCAGGCUCUGCGGUGAUAUAUGGCCAGCGGGGGCUUCGCGCCGCGCCUGGAUGGUCCGCUAUGGACCGAGAGCGGGAUGAGCGGCACAGGAGAGCAGCACGGCGGAGCCCGGAGGCCGGGGAUGCGCAGCGAGGAGGAGCGGCUCCGCUCCUUCCAGCUCUGGCCGCCGGGCGCGCCGGUGACCGCGGCGGACCUCGCCCGGGCCGGCUUCUACUUUCUGGACCAUGAGGACUCGGUACAGUGCUUCUGCUGCGCCGGCGUCCUGCGGUGCUGGGUCCGCGGCGACGAACCGCUGCACGAGCACAGAAGGCACUUCCCGACAUGUCGCUUCGUUUUGGGCAGAGACGUAGGAAACAUCCCGCGACCACCUGGACCCCCAGACUCGGUGGACGGGCAGCUGCUGAGCCAGCUCCAGAGGAUGGGAGUGGACGAGCAGAUGGCCGGCGGACAGGCCGUUUACCCGGAGAUGGAGUCCGAGGACACCCGGCUGACCACCUUCCACAACUGGCCAACGGGGGCAUCGGUGCAGCCGACCACCUUAGCGCGCGCGGGGUUCUUUUACACAGGUCAUGGUGACAAUGUGAAGUGUUUCUUCUGUGAUGGUGGUUUGAGGAACUGGGAGCCUGGAGACGAUCCAUGGCAGGAACAUGCGAAGUGGUUUCCACGAUGUGAGUAUCUGCUCCAGUCACGAGGGCAGGAGUAUGUGAACAACAUCCAGCAGUCGUACUUCAACACGCCAGAGACGGGUGGAUCUGAGACUUCAGCUGCUGCAGAUAUAACCUCAGGCCACGAGGUGCUGAGUGGACAGAGUGCGGUGGCGACGGCUAUGUUGUCCCCUGUGGUGCAGACAGUGCUGCAGAUGGGUUUUCAGCAGGCGCUGGUGGAGAGUCUGGUGCAGUCGCGCUACCUGCUCACUGGCCAACACUACACCUCCGUCUCCGACCUGGUGGCGGACGUCCUGCAGGCCGAGGAGGAGGAGAGGCAGGGCAGCGAGUCCAGACCAGAGCCUGUGGUGAGGCAGGGCGGUAGUGCUGGUGGAGUGAGGACUCAGGCCUCAGUCGGGGAGAAAGUGCUGGGGAACCUGAGUGCGGAGGAGCAGUUGAGGCAGCUUCAGGAGGAACGCACCUGUAAGGUGUGUAUGGACAAGCUGGUUUCCAUGGUGUUCAUUCCCUGCGGUCACCUGGUGGUCUGUACAGACUGUGCGGCCAGCCUGCGGCACUGCCCCAUCUGCAGAGCGGUCAUUCGGGGCAGCGUUCGCGCCUUCAUGUCCUGAGACCUGCAUAAUCGCCUACACACGUUUACACCCCUGGCAGACAGCUUUGACGGAAAACUAUGAAACACAGUUCAGCUCACAGUUAGCUGGUCACUGGAAGGAGAGUAAUGGCAUUUUUCCACUGGGCAGUGCAGGACCAGUUUAGACCAGCUGUGUUAGUGCAAGUUUAACUGGUCACCCAGCACGAUCCUGCAGGUUGGCCAGAAUAUCCACAUCCAAGACACGUCUUAUAUUUGGUGGUGGUCAGUCUGUAUUACAGCUUUCAUUGAUGCUGAACUGCAGCCCAGCAUCCAAAACACAAAACAUGCUACUUUUCCUAGCUGGGCUUUCCGGAUUCCAGUGAGUACCCGUGUCCAUUUCCCACCACAUAUGAGAACCUUGAGAGGUUGACAGGGUUCUCUUGUGUGUGUUCACAUCAUUUCUCAUGUGAGUCUAACAUUAACAGCAAACAGCAGCAACGACGCAGCUUUUGGCUUCAUGCAUCACAGACAGUGAUUGGGAAUAGCUGUUGUCUAAAUCCAGUGGCACCACUAGAUGAUUGUGUUUGACCAAUCGAUGUACAGUGAUGCACUCAUGUACGGUGCGGAUCACAUGCAUGAUGACGGGUUUAUGAAUGUACUCACUGUACUGCACUGUACUCACUGUACUCACUAUACUGCACUGUACUGCACUGUACUCACUAUACUGCACUGUACUCACUGUACUGCACUGUACUCACUGUAGUGCAGUAUACUGCACUGUA